GAAGAACCGAAAACAAAUAGCGACGGUUCAUUUUCUCUUUGAUUUUGUGUCUGAUUGUUAUCUAUCAAGAUAUCGAGAUGGUUCGCUUUUGAGUAGGUGGUCCCGUCACCCUCGUGACGUUUGAGCGAAAGGAAAGAAAGGCGACUCUUCACUUUUCUAUCUCUAUUCUCAGCUGUCUCUGGCCCUUGAGCAUUAUAGACAUGCGGCGGGCUAGAGCGGCACCACUGCCCCGCUUGGUCGACGUGCUUGGUGCGGGGCGAAGCUUUAUUCCCGGAAGUGACGUUCAGGAAAAAGUCUCUUGGCGGAACGAAAGAGCAGGAACCGGAAGUUCGGGGCGUCGUCGCCCUAGCAACGCCGUAGGGACGCUGUCUCCAGCGAAGCGGCCGCUGCCAUGGCGGAACCGGCGCCGCCCUUGACGCCCACCCCGACCACGACCCCGACGCCGGUGGCCCGGCAGAGCAGCGCCCCCAGCCCCGCCCGGGCCUACCACCUGCGCCCGGCCUUCCACCACAGGUUCCGUUCUUCCAUGGUGAAAGAUUGCAUCCACGAAAUCCUGAAGGAAGAGCUGGCCAAUGUGCAGUACAACCCGGAGGAGAUCGGAGGCCGAACCAAAGUCUUAUCCGAGCUGAUCCGCGACAGACUAAAAGGUCUUUCGAUCCGCCUGCAUUUGCACACCGGGGACCUUCUCCCCGCCAACCGAGCGUUAACGUCGUCCUGGGCUGAGGGCUGCUGUGAUUUUUUUUAAUCCUAAUUAAUUUUUCUUGGCGCUCUUUUUUUCAGAGAAAGGAUUGCACCGAUACAAAAUACUGGUGCAAGUUGUGAUCGGGGAACAGAGAGGCGAGGGGGUGAAGUGAGUUUGUCUUCAGUUAAAAUUAGGGCUCUCCUUUUGGGUUCUUCAGUCAUACUGGUUACAUUACAGGCAGUCCUUGACUUACAACAGUUAGUUUGUUUAGUGACUGUUUGAAGUUACAACGGCACUGAAAAAAGGGUCUUAGGACCGUUUUGCACCCUUACGACCGUUGCAAUCUCCCCGUGGUCAGGCGAUCAAAAUUAUGACGGUCGCAGCAUCCUCCAGGGUCAUGUGAUCCCCUUUGGCGACCUUCUGACGAGCAAAAAUCAAUGGGGGAAGCCAGAUUCACUUAACAACUAACAGGAUUCACAAGCGUAGUGAGAAAGGUCUUAAAGUGGGGAGAACUCACUUAGCCACUGUCUUUCUUAGCAACAGAAAUGUUGAGCUCAGUUGUUAUAAGUUGAGGACUACCUAUAUAUAGUUCUUCUCCGUAGAACAGUGGUUCUCAACCUUUUUAAUGCCGCGACCCCCAAACGGCCGUAAG